AUGAAUCAAGCAAUCUUCGACAUCCAACCCGUGAACCGCUUCGGCGGUUCAAAUACUACAAUCCGGCGACCCAAGGAAAUCGCGUGCUUCUCCUAUGAUCAGGAUCGCCGCUUUUCCCUUGGUGAUGCAUCCAUCGCAUACUACUACCCGCCAAGUCUACCCGCAGAUCUGAAUAUCGGGUUCGAUACUUUUCAGAAACUGAAUGAUGCGGCUGAUGAGCAUUUGGAUGCGUUGCUUGAUACUAUUGUAGCGAUGGAGAAGGAGACGGGGAGGAAAUGUGAGACUGAUGUUGUGACGUGGCGGGGGAUGAUGACCAAGAUAUUGACUGCUCCCUUUGAUAUGAUGAAUGGCUUUGAGAUGAAUGCAACGUGUUACCAGGGCACAAUAUUCAUCGAGGAAAAUAACUCCUACAAAAACCGCCAAAAAGAACUCCAACGAAACCAAAGAAUGCCCCCGGGAAUGGCAUCACAAGAUCUCAUGAUGUACUGGGGAUACAAAUUCGAAGUCCUAUCCGUCCUCCGAAAACCAUGGGACCCGUGCACGCGCGAAGAAAUCGAAAACCGCCAAAACGAGGUCGUGAACAAUAGCGCCCAGUACUGCUCCGUCGUCAAGACCGGAAUGGGAAGUAUCCGCAUGGUCCUUGGCGGGGAAGUCGAUGCCGUAUGGGACUGCAAACCAGACCGCAAAGAAGACUCAAUCCACUGGGUCGAACUCAAGACCUCGGCGGAAAUCCGCAAUGAUCGCGACAUGCUCAAAUACGAGCGGAAACUGCUCAAAUUCUGGGCGCAGUCGUUCUUACUCGGUGUGCCGAAGAUCAUCGUCGGAUUCCGCGAUCAACAGGGUAUCGUGCAUCGUCUGGAAGAACUAGAUACAGCUGGUAUACCUGGAAAGGUGAAGAAGGUGGGACGAGGGAGUUGGGACGGGAAUAUUUGUAUUAACUUUGCGGCGGCGUUUUUGGAGUGGCUGAAGCAGGUUAUUCAGGGAGAUGGAGUCUGGAGGAUACGAAAGGUGGAAAAGUCUCAUGCUAUUGAGGUGUUCAAGGUUGAGGAGUCCGGGCAUGGUGAUAUCCUUUCAUCGACGUUCAAGACAUGGCGAGAGACUUCCUUGACGGAGUAA